AUGUCGAAUUUUAACGUCAUAAUCGUCGGAAGUGGACUUGCAGGGCCUCUCCUGGCCAGCGGACUACUCCGAAAAGGUAUUAAAGUCAACGUCUACGAAAGGCUUGAGGAGCAUGCAAAGCGAGAUGGAUACACCAUUCGCGUUGCGCAACCUUGCUUACAGGCAUUCGAAACUUGUCUCGACGCCGAUGCAUUUGGUCAGAUCAGACAAAGAAUGGGACAUUUUGAAGGUAACCAGGAGACUACACCAAUCUGGUACGACUACAAGAUGAAGCCACUGCUCAACAUGGUGCGGAUCAGCACAAGUUUUCAUGGUUCCUCGCCAAUGGACCGCAUAGUGCUCCGCGACACAAUCAUGCAAAAGCCAGUCAAGGAAGGAGUUGUCCAUCAUGAAAAAUCGUUUUCCAGAUACGAAGUUGUCAAGACAGAAAGUGGACAAGAGAAAGUUCGUGUCUGGUUUCAAGAUGGCACCUCGGCAGACGGUGACGUCUUGGUAGCAGCAGAUGGCAGUCAUUCUAGAGUUAACAAGCAAGUCGGCUUGAAUCAUAUUAAGCAAUUAGACGCCAUCUCGUUCAUCGCCAAAGUCAAGUUAUCGAAAGAAAUGUUGACCGCACUCCCAAAAUGUUGCCUCGUUUCCCCGAUUAUUACCUUCUCCCAUCGCAAGACGUAUUUUGCUAUAGCUUAUCUCCCCAAGGCCCGUCGACAAGAGGUUAAAGAUGAUGAUGAAAAUUUGGACUUUGACAGCCAAAUUGCUUCUUUUACCUUCAACAUGUCGCUGCCAACAGCUGACUGCCCUCCUGAUAUUCUUGAGCGGGAUACAAACGAAAUAUGGAAAUUCCUUUCAGAAUCUAUUCCUGAUUGGCAUCAAGACUUUCGCGAUAUCAUCGAAGUAGUAAGAGGCAAUGAGCUUUACAUAUUCCGACCUCGGGCUGCUGUAAGACCAUCUCUUAACUGGCGCAAAAAUGUCAGAUCGCCUCAAGAACCCCUUCGUGGACAUCCACGUGUCUGGCUCAUGGGUGACGCCAUGCACGCUAUGAUGCCCAAUCGUGGCAUGGGUGGAAACCAAGCUAUGCUUGACGCCAAGGUCAUGAUACCCUUCCUUGAGCGCCUCAACUACCUUGCGAAGGAAACGGGGUCGGUAUCUGAAGAUGCCAUUGGAGCAGCUUGCGACGAAUACGAGCGAGAAAUGAUCCCCCGCUCAUUCGACUGGGUCGAGGCGAGUGGAGGCACGAGUCCCAUCCCUUUUGAUACUUAUUCUUUCUUCGGUUGGGUUUCAGUGUGGUGCCUUAUUGUCUCAUUCAAGAUUAAAGACGGUUUCAAUGCGCUGUUUGGAAAGUCUUGA